AUGGCAACUACGAACACCCUUAUUGACGUGAAGAAUGGAACCCUGAAUAUGUCUGUUUUGGGGGAAACGGUGUCCAUUUCCGUUCGAGGAGCCAUGUCUGCCUCCUCAGUGAAUUUUGUCGAAGAAUGUGCUUUCAUUGACCUAGCCGACCAAUUAGUUGAUGAGAUGGUCAUUCACGAGUUCGAGGAAGUGUCGUUGCCGGUUUUCGAGGAAGAGGAAGAACUCGAGCUUAAGGAGCUGCCCAAGCACCUUAAGUAUGUCUUCUUGGAUGAUGCCCAACAGAAACCGGUGAUCAUCUUUGCUGAGCUUGACCGAGAGGAAGAAGAGGAGCUGAUUGCUAUGCUUCGGAAGAACCAGAAAGCAAUCGGGUGGAGUAUGCAUGCACCGGAUUAUCUUGGAAGAGGGAGCCAAGCUGUUUCGGGAUAG